GACUUGUUGAAAACAUUAUCAUUUCAUUAAACCGAUAGUGAGAUUCAAAUAGUGAGACAUUGGAUACAAUGGAAAACUUUUCGUAUAUCAAAGACGGCGACGACACCAUCGAAAGGGUGCUAAACAAUGAUCCCGACUAUAAAACUAAGGACUUGGCCGUCGACGUCAGGAAUGUUGUGUUUGGCUAUAAAAAGAAAGUGCCUGUCCUUAACAAACUGUCCCUCUCUGUACCAAAAGGCAAAAUAUUUGCGCUUUUGGGUCCCAACGGCACCGGAAAGACAACACUAAUUCGCUUGAUAUUGGGUCGACUCAAGUACUCGUCGGGAAUUAUACGGGUGUUCGGCAUACGACCGGGCAGUAAGCACUCGGACAUACCGGGCCCUGGAGUGGGGCAAACAGUGAUUAUAACCACACAUUACAUCGAAGAGGCCAGGAGUGCGGCUCAGGUGGCGUUUAUGAGCACCGGUGUCAUACUGAAACAAGACAACCCGCAACUAUUGCUACAACAGUUUAAUUGUGGGACUCUGGAGGAGGUGUUUCUCACAUUAUGUGUGAAUCGCAACAAAAAUCUCAAAAAUCGCGACAAAAACUUUAAUGAAAUGCCAAACUAUAGCCAGACGUCAGACAAUAAUAAUAUUGAACAUAAAAUCGAUGGCAAUAUAAUUGAGGAAAAUUUUGGAUUAAAUGACGAAAUGAAAAAUAAUUACAACAAACAUAUGAUUCACACGAGAAGGCGAGGCAUCGAUUUGAAGCGAAUUAAGACAAUGCUAUCGAAAAACUUUCUGUUGACUGUUAGGCGACCCCUCUAUCUGAUUGUCUUUUAUGUAAUGCCGUUAAUAGCGUUGGCGUGUAUGAAGCUAUCCAUUGGUCGUAAACCACAUCACAUUCCCGUUGCCUUCUAUAACGCCGACCCCAACUCCAAACUCUCGCAACUCUUCCUCGACUCCAUUGAACCCUAUUAUCUAAGUCUUCAGGAAUACAGAGACAAUCAGUCGGCAGUCAAUAGUGUGACGAAUGGCGUCAACACAUUGGCACUGAUUUUCCAGCAAAACUUUUCAGAUACCUUUGCGCUCAGACUUACCGAUCUCUACGACAUGACAGAUGAUGAACUGGACACCAGUCAAGUGAAAGUUUACGCCGACUUUUCCGAUAGCAUUGUCGGCAAUAAUGUCUACAACAGUCUGUUGAGGGCUUUUGAGAUAUUCCUUAAACAUUUGGGUCCCACGUAUGGCCACAAUCUGUACCGAUAUUUCUUUCCAAUAACUCUCGAGCCGCCCAUCUAUGGCGACACCGAUUUAAACCUCAAUGUAUUCCUGACGCCCGGCCUAAUGAUGGCUCUGCAACACGUUUUGCCAAUGAUUGUGUCGGCCAUGCAAAUCAUAUACGACCGCAAAAACACAAGUAUGGAAAGGGUGUUAGUGGCGGGCGUUAAGCCCAUUGAGUUCUUCAUCGCUCACGUCAUUCAGAACAUAAUACUCAUUACCACUCAAGUGGCCAUCUCUAUGAUCAUUGCAUUUGUCAUAUUAGAUAUGCAACAAUUGGGCAGUUAUGUCGAGGUCUACCUAUUCCUGUUCCUACAGGGCAUACAAGGCAUGGCUAUCGGACUCCUCGUAGCCUUAAUACUGUUCGAUGAGGUGUCUGUUGGGAUCGGAUUGACGGGACUUAUGUUGCCCCUAUGGAUAGUGUCAGGUGUGAUAUGGCCCAUACAGUCCAUACCGUUUUAUUUCCGAUAUUUUGCUGACUUGAGUCCACUCACUCAGCCAUUGGAAUCGAUGCGAUCAGUAAUGUUGAAGGGCUGGACCUAUCAAAACCCCAAUGUCCUCAACGGAUACAUAAUCAGUGUUGUCUAUACUUUAAGCAUAAACAAAGCCUUUUCUCUGCAUUUGUAUUAA